AAACUACUGCUGCGCUCUGGACCAGGUAUCCACCGUGGUCCUAUAGAAAUACACAAUAUGGAUACAACAACACAAAGUCUAUUCUUCCCGUGCACAACGCCGAUUGUUUUUUUGGAUGAGCUCUUCUGAAACCAAUUUCAAAAGAUUACAUAAAACUCUAUCGAAUCUAUUUUGAAGAAGUAUCUCAAAUUAAUCCCCUAUGUUGGCGGGAAUAAACUGAUCAGUUUGGGGAUUUGUAAACGCUAAUAAAGCCGCAGUCGGCACCAUUUAAUGCAGCGAAAAAGGUCAAAUUGUGAUUGCUUUUGCCUGACAGGACUCGUGGGAGGGCACUGCUGAAUAUGCAGGAUUUAGCGGGGUCUGACAUGCCCUGGAACUUCAACAUCUUUGAUGGCUUUGGCCUGUUAUGGGGCUUGCUCUUUGGAUUAUUCAUCGCAAGUGCACCGGGGAUAGUUUGUCCCACGAGUUGUCACUGUCUCGAGAAGAGUGGCAUGGCUGUGGUCCAAUGCAUGUCUUGCAACCUGGAAAGCAUCCCACCAGAUCUUCCACGGGACACCGUUGUCCUACUUUUGGCAUCCAACCACAUCACCCACAUCCCGAACCACGCCUUUAAAGAACUGCACGACCUUCAGGAGCUGGACCUGUCCAACAACGACAUCGAAACUGUGGACCUCGGCGCUUUUCACGGCGUUUCCGACAGCCUCCGCGUUCUGGAUCUGUCAAACAAUCGCAUCCAAAGUGUCCCCAAAGAGGCAUUUGCGCACCUGCGAGCGAAAAUCCGCCUCUCGGACAACCCGUGGCACUGCGAGUGCACGCUGCAGGAGGUCCUGAGGGAGCUGCGGCUGGACCCCGAGACGGCGAACGAGGUGAUCUGCCACACGGCGGCGCAGGACGAAUACGCGGGCAAGCCGGUAAUCCAGGUGCUGGACUCGGGGAUCAACUUCUGCAACUUUCACCACAAGACCACCGACGUAGCCAUGUUCGUCACCAUGUUCGGAUGGUUCGCCGUGGUGAUCGCGUACGUCAUCUACUACGUGAGACACAACCAGGAGGACGCCAGGAGGCACCUGGAGUACCUCAAGUCGCUGCCGAGCAGCAAAGACUUUGACACCAUCAGCACUGUUCUCUAGCAGGGCCGUGCGCCCCGCUGGCCUGUACAUAUGGGAGGGAAAGUAUGGUGAUGUACCAAAUGACUAAAAAGCUGUCACAACACCAGUGUUUAAGCACAUUAUUCUGAGGUCUUUUGGCGACUAAAAUGGGAAAUUUCACAUUUUCCUGCGUCCAAUAAAUAAAUGUAUGUGCUUUUUUACAUUUAAGUUGUGUUAAAUCCGAGUACAUC